AUGGAUGUCUCUCAUAUUAUUCUCGGGCGACCAUGGCAGUAUGAUCGUGAAGUUAUUCACAAUGGCAAAACGAACACUAACUCGUUCAUGUUCCAAGGCCGCAAAAUCACUCUUCUUCCAUCACCACAGACGAAUAGUACGGUCACCAAGUCCACUACACCGUCAACAUCAAAACAAAAUCUGAUGAUCAUCUCUAGGUUUCAGUUCGAACAAGAACUACAAGAGACAAAGCCAAUAUUUGCUUUAGUUUCAGUCACACCAACGCUACUACAACCUACCCCACUACCACCCGCGUUCAUCCCAAUCUUAAAGGAGUUCGAGGACCUAUUCCCGGAUGAAUUACCAGCGGGUUUGCCUCCACUCAGAGACAUUCAGCAUCACAUAGAUCUCGUAUCAAACGCAGUUCUACCUAACCGAGCUCACUAUCGUAUGAGUCCUGAGGAACAUGAACAACUUCGACGACAAGUUGAAGACUUACUAAUAAAAGGCUAUGUACGCGAGAGUCUAAGCCCAUGCGCGGUUCCAGCACUACUCAUUCCCAAGAAAGACCGAUCAUGA